GCUGCAGCUUCUGUUCUGCCCCUCCCAUGAACUGCUGCAUUAUCUGAUCUGUGAAGUAAAGGCUGUGUGUUUUAGUCCUUCAAAGGUUUAUAUACCUCCUUUUUCUGCAAGAAAGAGCAUCCAGAUGAUUCAAGUGUUGUUUCUUCCUUGAGUAUAAAGGGAUUUCUUAUCCACAAUGGCUCAUUUUAAAUGGAAUGUGAUCUCAGCCGUUGGUCCACUAAGGAUGCUGCUUAUUUAAGGAUUUCUUAGCUUUCUGGUUGAGAAGAUGCAAACAAAGGAAAUCCUGAAGAGUCUAUGGCUAUUGGAAUUGGAUGAAUUCAGCCACUUCUUUCACACUCUCCCUCAUCCAACACUGGUGGGAAUCGCUUCACUCACAGCUCUUGUAGCAUACUGGCUAGCUACCAGACCCAAAGCCCUGAAGCCUCCCUGUGAUCUUUCACAGCAGUCAGUGGAAAUUGAGGGUUCUGAACAAGCUCGUAGGUCUGUUUUAGGUGACAGCCCCAAGCUAAUGACGCACUAUCAUGAUGAUGCAAAGACUAUGUAUGAAGUAUAUCAACGAGGUUUACAUAUAUCAGGUGAUGGUCCUUGUUUAGGGUUCAGAAAACCAAAAUGCCCCUAUCAAUGGCUUUCUUAUAAAGAGGUUACCAACAGAGCCAUGGAUUUAGGAUCUGGACUGCUCCAAAAAAACUGCAGGUCAUCACCAGACCAAUUCAUAGGUGUUUUUGCACAAAACAGACCUGAGUGGAUUAUUGCUGAGCUGGCAUGCUAUACCUACUCCAUGGUGAUAGUGCCACUUUAUGACACACUUGGACCUGAAGCCAUUCGCUACAUUAUUAACACAGCUGAGAUAUCAACAGUUAUCUGUGACAAAGUGGAAAAAGCAAGAACUCUUUUGAAGAAUGUGGAGAGAAAGGAGACGCCAGGCUUGAAGACCGUUAUCCUAAUGGAUCCAUUUGAGGUGGACUUGGUUGAAAUGGGAAAUGACUGUGGUGUGGAAAUUCUGGCCCUUCAGGAGGUAGAGAACCUUGGCAAAAUUAACAGGCAAACUCCUGUGCCUCCGCGACCUGAAGAUCUGUCGAUUGUCUGUUUUACUAGUGGAACAACAGGAAAUCCAAAAGGGGCCAUGCUCACACAUGGAAAUGUGGUGGCUGAUUUUUCAGGCUUUUUGAAAGUUACAGAGAGCCAAUGGUUACCUACAUCUGAAGAUGUACAUAUUUCCUACUUGCCAUUAGCACACAUGUUUGAAAGAAUGGUACAGUCUGUAGUUAUAUGCCAUGGAGGCAGGAUUGGUUUCUUCCAAGGUGACAUUAGACUCCUCUCUGAUGAUAUGAAGGCUCUUCAUCCAACAAUCUUUCCUGUAGUUCCAAGACUGUUAAAUAGAAUGUAUGACAAGAUAUUUAGCCAAGCAGGAACACCAGUAAAACGCUGGCUACUGGAAUUUGCUGCCAGGAGAAAAGCAGCUGAGGUGCGAAAUGGUAUCAUAAGGAAUGACAGCAUAUGGGAUAAAAUCUUUUUCAAGAAAGUACAGGAAAGUCUAGGGGGAAAGGUGAGAAUGAUUGUCACAGGGGCUGCUCCUGCUUCUCCCACUGUGCUUGGUUUCCUUAGAGCAGCACUGGGUUGCCAGGUUUAUGAAGGUUACGGACAGACUGAGUGCACAGCUGGAUGUACAUUUACUACACCUGGAGAUUGGACAUCAGGUCAUGUUGGGGCUCCCUUACCAUGCAAUUUUCUCAAGCUUAUUGAUGUAGAAGAAAUGAAAUAUUUUUCUGCAAAAGGAGAAGGCGAGAUCUGUGUGAAAGGACCAAACGUCUUCAAAGGCUACCUCAAAGAUACCGAGAAAACUGCUGAAGCCUUGGACAAAGACAAAUGGCUGCAUACAGGGGACAUUGGCAAAUGGUUAACAAACGGCACUUUAAAAAUCAUUGACAGAAAGAAACAUAUAUUCAAACUUGCUCAAGGAGAGUAUAUUGCACCUGAAAAAAUUGAGAAUAUCUAUGUACGGAGUGAGCCUGUGGCCCAAGUGUAUGUCCAUGGAGAUAGUUUGCAGUCCUUCUUGGUAGGUAUUGUCGUACCAGAUUCAGAAGCCACAGAAGCCUGGGCAAGGAAAAAGGGAUUUGAAGGAUCAUAUGAAGAACUGUGUAAAUCCAAGGGUUUUAAAAAAGCCAUCAUGGAGGACAUGGUAAAGCUGGGGCAAAAGGCUGGCCUUUAUUCAUUUGAACAGGUAAAAGACAUCUAUCUCCACUGUGAAAUGUUCUCUGUUCAAAAUGGCCUGCUGACCCCAACCUUAAAGGCCAAGAGAGUGGAGAUGAGAAAUUACUUCCGGAAACAAAUUGAAGAGCUUUAUGCUAAUACAUCUAUAUGAAAAUUUUUGGCAGAUAUCAUGUGGGGAAAAAGUCCUAUUUGUCUGCUGUUUAACUUAUGUCAAGAACUUAUUAGGAACACAUGAAAUGUAUUCUUCCACUAUAUUCAGAAAUAUAUUAACUUCCUUCAGUCAACCAGAAGGAAUUUCUUGCUUAACUUCAAGAACUUCUAUGUAAAAUAAAGAUUUGACCUUUUUUAAAGCUGCAUUGUAAUUGAGACAAAUUUUUGUAUGUUCUUCAACAAUGAAAUUUACUUUGUAUGACGGUAUAAUUAAUAGCUUAAAAUUCUAAUGUACAUAUUUUGUAAAAAUGAUGAAUAAAAAGUUACUAGGUUAAGGGUUAAGCAACUCUAAAUGUCAUCCUUUAACAUUUGUAAAUCAAAACAUGUACUGUAUAUUGGUCUAUGGUAUAUGAAUUGGUCUACGUUACCUAAAAUUUUAAGUUUGCUGUAUGAUUCAUCAAUACAUGAAAAUAUAUAGUUUGUGUCACACAUGAGCAUAUUCAAAACCACAACAGCAUUUUUGUACUGAACUAAAAUUAAACAUAAUUUAUCAUUCAAUAAAUUAUGGAUCAUAAAUAUUCAUGAAAUUGCAGCUUAAGAAAUACUGUGAAAUUUUGGAAGUGUGUAAGUGAUUGUAAAGAAUCAAGGCAGUACAUGGAAGUCACAUCAUUUGACUUGAGAGGUGCAAUUAGAACUUACUGUCUCUUAAUGUUGCCAGACACCUGGUUCAAAAACUUAUUUGUUCUGUCUUGGUCAACGAUGUAUUCUGGGUAAAAAUAGCAACCUCGACUGAAGCUCUCAAUUGUAAGGUGGAAUCAAGAAUUUAGUUCAGAUUCUCAAACUUCAGAAAGUUAGUCUUGAUUAAUAUACAAAAUAUUCUUGUAUUUCUUUAGCACCUUCCAUGCUUCAGGCUAUCUCAAGGUGUUUUACAGAUGAGCACUAUAACAAUUUUGAACUGUUAUCACUGUAAUCACGUAGGCACAUGCAACAGUAAAGUGGAUGAAUAACUAGAUGAUCUGAUACGUGGUGUUUGGUUUCAGAGAAGUGAUGACCAGAACACUGUAAGAACAUCCUGGACUUUUUCCAAAAUUGGCUCAGGAACAUUUGCAUCCAUCUAAAUUUAGGAGACAAGUGAAUUAAUUUACUGUCUUAUUCAUAAGGUGGCAUUUCAGUCAGUACAACACACCUUCAACACCAAAAUGUAGACCUCGACACAAAUCCCAGAAUAAUUAAAUUAACAAUCUCAUAUCUGAGAUGAAUGCCAUCGGAGGUCCAAAGCUAUGCCUAAUUGCCAGUCUUAUUGUGGAAAAUGUAGUAAUAUGUGAGUACAGCUUCACUCUACUAAGUCUUCCAAAUAUUAAAAAAAUAAUUAAGGGUAUCAACAUGCAGAAGUCAAAAAUGAAUACAAUAAUAUUCCAGAGUCAUAGAGUACUACAGCACAGGAACAGGCCUAGUGCCAUCUACCUGCACCCAGACCGUAUCCCUUCAAACCCCUCCCAUCCAUGUACCUAUCCAAACUUCUCUUAAAUGUUAUAAUUGAACCUGCAUCUACCACUUCCACUGGCAGCUUGUUCCACACUCGCACCACUGUCUAAGUGAAGAGGUUUUCCCUCAGAUUCCCCUUAUAUAUUUCACCUUUCAUCCUAAACCUAUGUCCUCUAGUUCUAGUCUCACCCAACUUUAGGGGAAAAAGCCUACAUGCAUUCACUCUAUCUAUACCCCUCAUAAAUGUAUAUUUGCAAUGCUGAUCUAGUAAUGGAAUUAACUGAGCUAAAAAUAUUUACAAUCAUUCUUAAAGCCAAGUUUUCAGCAUACAGAAGUUUUCAGUAAGCUGCUGAUUUUUACCAUCUAUUAAUCCUUAUUGUUACCAUAUUGUAACAUAAAUCUGAAAGUGCCAUCUGAAACAUUUUCUUAUUUAAGUGUGAUUUAUGCCAAGGGAAAAGAGAAGAUUAAAUACAAUUGCAACACAUCAUUAGCUUUCUGUCCAUUGUUCAUUCCCACACAUGGUAACAGCUUUUGACUUCAAUGAAAUUAGUUAGAUGAGGUAUGUAAGGUCUGUGUAAUCUGUUUUGUGACAAAAUCACACAUUGCACCAUUGCAGAACAAACUGAUGCUGAUGUAAGAAGCUGCUAUAGAAUAAAUAGCUUUAUAUCUGUUGAUAUCACAAAAAUGUUACCAUGAAUUUAUGAGUUAAGAGUUCAAACCUAUUCUCAUUGGUUUUCAGUCUUAUCUAUACUACUGAAGGAGGAUGUCAGAAAAGCUGGUAAGAAUCAUGUAAAGUCUGUUUGGAGCAAAGAAAUUUUCUCUUAAAAUUUGGUAGUGAGAAUAAUGAACUCAAGUGUGCUUUUGCCUCUGUUAGUAUUUUAAAUAAACGUAAUGAAAUUUUAUGAAAUGUGUAAACCCUUCUAAAUAACUUUAGUAGAAUCAUUCUGAAUUUGGCAAUGGGAAUUGCAUUUAGCUUCAGGAUUAGAAAUCUGCCAAUAAGAGGAAACAAAAUAAAUUACAAGAAUGUUAUCAGAACUGCAUUAUACCCAUCAGGAAAAGAUUAACGGCUAAUUCUUUUUUUUUCUCUCUGGAAAAGAGAAACCAGAGAAUGAGUUAACAGACAUCAUUAAAGUUAUUAAAGUUUUUCAUGUAGACACAGGGAUUGUUUAUAAGACUGGAAAAGAACGAAACAAGAGAUCAUCAUCAAAGUGUUAGUCAGCAAGAAGUCAAAUUGAAAUUUGACCUUGAGGGUUAAAUAUUUUCUGAAAGUUGAAAUGGCAUGCUCAUUUCCGAGGAAGUCUAAAUAUUCAAAAGCAUUUCUGUGCACUUAAUUGUAUUUUUAAAGAGAACCACAUUAUUCAAUAUUUAGUAGAAAUUUUUGAUCUUGAGACAUGAUGCCACAAACACUUAUGGUAUGAAAAUUCUGUUGUAUGACAUAUGAUAUCAUCAUAAUUAAUAUGGAUGCAACAUCUCCCUGUCUCAGAAGUACAAUAUUCAUCCUGACAAGGGAAGAGAGGAUGUGUGGUUCUUCAACAGUUUGCUCUAUAUGUGUAAAUAAAGCAGUAUUAUUUUUAUUUCUCAAAUACUGCAGCUUUAAAAGAGAUAAGAUGAGCACAAAUGAUAUUGUACAGGAUACUGUAACACUAUAUACUGCAGAAAGAUAAAAACAUUAUUUUUGCAUGAAAGCAAGUAAAACGAUAUAUUCAGACUGUGUAUAUGGAAUGUAGUCUUAUAAUACAAAAAUGUUUCAAAUUCAAAUAAAGCAAAUUACCAGAUGAAACAUACUUCAGUUCAUUAACUAUUUUAAAAUAUCAGGAAAUAUUUUAUGACGUGAAUACAUAAAAAUUAUCUAAAUUAUUAUAAACCUAAUGAGACUGAAACUCACUCUACAGGAGUAGAUUUACAUAAUUUGAAUGUAAAAUAUAGAUAUGCAAGAAUAAUUUGGGGAUUCAAGUUUGUAUUAAACAAUUGUAUGCAAAUAUCUAUGAUGAUGCAUUUUAAUGUCCUCAUGAAGUUAUGCAGAAACAUCACAAUCUUUAAUCUUUUGAGGGGAAAAAUAUUUUUUUGUCAAUUUUCAACACAAAAAGGGGAAAUAUAUGGUCAAAAUAUACAACAAGAUUUUCUUCUGGAUUUCUGAAUUUACAUUCAACUGUAUAAUUUACUUUUGCUCUGUGACAGUUUAUGCUGAAGAGUGUUAUUUUGGUGGAGUUCAGAUCAUGAACUCCCUUCAUGAUAGUUUUAAUCAGAUAUUUCCUUAGUUCCUACUCAGGAACUCCUUAUGGUCUGUGAGAGGGAA